AGAUAAGCCAUCAAUUUCACUUGAAGUCGCAAGUAGCUCAUUUUCCAAACCACAACCCCAAUCGCAAUCAGCCUGCUCGCAGAGUCCUUCUCUGAGCAAAUUUGAUUGACAUUUCAAGUUUCUUAACCCUGCCAACUUUGGCAGCUGAAGUUGCAAAGGAGGAAGAGAAAAAUGAUGGGGGUUAAAAUUGUAAGCAAAGCCCAUGUCAAGCCCAACAAAGCAGUAGGGAGGAGAGAGUGCCAAUUGGCCACAUUUGAUCUUGCCUAUAUAGCCUUCUAGUACAACCAGAAGUUGUUAGUUUACAAAGGGUGCGGUACUGAGUCUGAUUUUGAGGACAGAGUGGAGAGGUUGAAAGAUGGACUUCGUGAGGUUUUGGGAGAGUUUUAUCAACUGGCUGGGAAGUUGGGGAAAGACGAGGAUGGGGUGUUGAGGGUGGAGUACGAUGAUGAUAUGGACCGCGUGGAGGUGGCAAUGGCAACGGCGGAGCAAAUCGAGAUCGGUGAUCUCGUGGCAGAGGAGAGCGCUAGCAAGUUGAAAGAUUUGGUGCCCUACAAUGGGGUUGUAAAUGUGGAGGGACUUCACCGGCCUCUGUUGGCUGUUCAGUUUACGAAUCUGAAAGACGGACUAGCAAUGGGGUGCGCAUUCAACCACGCGAUCCUAGACGGGACUUCCAUGUGGCACUUCAUGACCUCAUGGGCCCAGAUCUGCAGCGGGUCCCAAACCAUCUCGGUGCCACCGUUCCUCGACCGCACCGAAGUCCACAACACACGCAUAAAACUUAACCUACCCCUCGCUCCCGAGACCAGCAGCCCGGCCCCACCCCUUAGAGUGAAGGUCUUCAAAUUCUCAGAGUCUGCAAUUGACCUGAUCAAAGCAACAGCCAACUCAAACCCGAACCCGAAACCCUUCUCCACGUUCCAGUCUCUGUCCGUGCACGUGUGGCGGGCCGUCACCACCGUGUUCUACGUCUUUGCCAACUGCCGGCACAGGGUUGACCCUCCGAUGCCGAUGAACUACUUCGGCAACCUGAUACAGCCUGUGGUCACCAGAACCUCCGCCGGGUUGCUAUUAAAAAACCCGGCGGAGUUCGGUGCCGGGAUGAUUAGGAAGGCAAUCGAGACGCACAAUGCAAAGGCCAUCGAGGCGUGGAACAUAGAGUGGGAGAGCAAGGUAUUGGGGUGGAAGGACGCGGAGGAGAACUGCGUGGUGAUGGGGAGCUCGCCGCAGUUCAAGGUGUACGACGUGGAUUUCGGGUGGGGGAAGCCGGAGGUGGUGAGGAGUGGGAGCAACAACAGGUUUGACGGGACGGUGUACAUGCAUCAGGGGAAGAGUGGAGGGAGGAGCGUUGAUUUGGAUAUCAGUUUGGAGGCUAAUGCUAUGGAGAAUUUGGAAAAAGAUGAGGUGUUUCUCAUGGGGAUGGCUUGACAUCUCUCUGGUAUCAAAAUGUCAAAAUUGAAAGGAAGACAUAUUGUAUUUGAGAUAUUAUUGGAGCAUGCCAAAAAGUAGCACUUGAUUUUUUCGUAAUUUUGUUAUUGAAUGAACCACUUGUCUAGAUGUUCUAAGAAGGAUUUGUAUGACCACGAGCAGAGCAAGGGGUGCAAGCGGGGGCUAGGGUCCCG